AUGAGAGGUCUGUUUCUGGUUUUAAUGCUUUUGGUUUUUGCCAUAGUGGUGGCCCGGGCCCUCAACUGUCAGCCGUGUAAACUAUUGGAGGCCCGAAAGGCGCACGCCAACGACACCCAGGCCCCUCAGCCCAAAUAAUAUUGGCAACAAAAAUGCGCUAUUGGGAGGUUCGAACCGGAGAGCAGUUAACAAUUAGAAACAGCUUGUUUGGCUAAUUAGCAAAAACCUACGCAUAUUUUUAGAGGUAUAUAAGGUGAAACUUAAAAAGCAAACAGAGAUUCGGAAGCUUAAUCUCAGUGGAACAUUCGCGGCGACUAGACGAAGAUCCCGACUUCCCAGCAUUCCCAGUUUUGGAGGAAAACUCAAAGGAGCGACAAUGAUGUAUCUGACUUUGGUCCUGGUUCUAUUGGCCUCUCUAUUUGGGGCAGAGGGCUGCUACUGCCCUGAGAAUUGGUCCCCGAAGGCCGAAAUUUGUGGCAACAACGGGGUUAUCUACAAGAAUCGCUGCGUCUUCGAAUGCACUCAGCGGGAAUUCCGAAGACGGGGAGAAACUCUGACUUUGAGCCAAUUGGGAAAAUGUCCUAAGACCUACGGAUAAAGUUUUUACUUUAAGAUAUUAUAUAUAAUCCAUGUGCUAUUAUGUCAGUACUAUAUUAUUGUUGAAUAUUUUAGCCUAUUGUAAA